AUGCAACAUGCAAGUAUCCUGCAGGAACGUCUAGACGCAGACGCAGACGCAGACGCAGAAGCAGAAGCAGAAGCAGAAGCAAAAAAGGAAUCAGGAAAAACCCAAGAAAACCCCAGGAAAAGACGGAGGAAAAAAAAACGAGGAGGCGGUGACUUAACUUCACCGCCACAUUUUAUUAUUUAUUUAUUUUUCUUCCUGAUUAUUACCGUUGUUAUUACAGUACAGAAAGUUUUAUCACACAAUUAUAUCUGUACAGAGGAACUCCACUCCACCCGAAUGAACAUUAUAUAUCUGCAUAGCCUAGGUAUUUCUACUGUUCUAGUUGCUAUGGGUCCCUAUUGUCUGUCUGUUUUGUUGUGGUGGAGGUACGGAGUACAGUACGAAUUAACUGCAACUGCAACUGAACAACAAGAACAAGAUCAAAACUAG